AGUUAUUUUUUGCCACUCCCUCCGUUCGCAAUAUUUUUAUCAAUAAGAUAACAAUUAUUUACGCAUCAGUAGUGAAGAUGUCGAAGUUACUUUUGCUCUUAAUUCUCCUAUGUGUUUGUGAUUCAAUUUGCCCCAAAAAGAAAGUCUUGGACAAAAAAUUAAAUUCCGGCCAACGCAAAGAAAGCGUCUGGAUUCAUAACAAAUUGCGUCAGCUUAUCAAAAAAGGCCAAAUAAGGCAGCAGCCUAGAGCCGUCAAAAUGAAUAAUUUGAAAUGGGACAAAGAGUUGGCCAAAAAGGCGCAAAAAAUCGCCAACACUUGUAAAUUUGCGCACGUGGAAGUGCAAGAUAAACGUUUCAGUGUUGGUCAGAAUUUAUACUUGUGGUCCUCCACUGCACCGGAAAAGGGGUUCAAUGCAACCAGUGCCGUGUAUUCCUGGUUUAACGAACACAAAUUGUAUAAAUACCCCGGUUAUAGCAAGGAAAGUGGACACUAUACUCAAGUUAUUUGGGCUGAUACCAAAUACGUAGGUUGUGGAUACACCUACUAUAAAACCAAGAAAGAGAAAUUCAAGUACCACAAAUUGUUUGUGUGCAAUUAUGGGCCUGCGGGCAAUGUUUUAGGAGUAGCGCCAUAUAAGCGGUAUAAAAACAGGAGGCGUGGUUAAUUUUCACCUAAUUUCAUUUAAAUUGGACGUUUGAGGUCACAGAUUCCCCUAAUUGAGUGACUUUGAAUGAAUAUUAAUAAUUUUGUUACUACUGUUUGUAAAAUGAUGAAUAAAUAAUUUUUAAGUUUU